AUUUUAGUGCGAGCAGUACUUGGCAUUUGUUCUUUAGCAUCUUUCCGACUAUUCCGUCGAGGUGUUUGUCAAAAGUUUGGUCCAACUGUUGCAGACUUUCUGUCAAUUAUCACGAUGACUCAAUUUCACCUGAUGUUUUACAUGUCAAGACCUCUGCCAAAUAUCUUUGCUCUGAUACUUGGUAAUGCUUGGUAAUUUACCUAUUACAGUAUAGCCUGCUUGCAGACGUUGUAUGUUUUGUAUUUCUCACACCAAGCGACAAAUUUUUGUUGCUUAAGCACUUAAGUGUGAGAAAUACAACAUCUACGAGCAGGCUAAUCACAGUAAAUGGCUUAUUGCAUUUUAAAUCACACCCCCCUAUGGAGGAUACUGGAAUUUCCAGACCCCCCUUCCUAAAAUUCAACAAAAAAAGAAGGAAUUUCCAAGGGAGGGUCUAAAUUUUAAAGAAAAUCUGUGGAAAUUCCACGGGGUAGGUUAAAAAAACAACAUGGAAAUUCCAAGGGUCAUGGUUGCCUAUUAAACAAAAAAUGUGGAAAUUCCAGAGACUAGGUCAAAACCAUCGGUGGAAUUUCCAAGGGAUGAGUAGAAAUUCAUUAAAAAUCUGUGGAAAUUCCAUGGGGUAGGCUGGAAAUUUGUAAAAAAUCGCAGAAUUCCAGGGGGUAGGACGGAAAUUCAUCAACAUCUGCGGAAUUCCAGGGGAGGGGGUCCAAAAAAUGGAUGUCCCCCAUAGAGGGGUGUGGAUUAAAAAUGCAAUAAGCCAAUGUGAAUUAGUGUUCUUUAUAGCGUACAGAGAGCAGUAGUGGAUAUCUCCUGAAAUAUUGAGAGGGGUGGCAUAUGGGUAUGAAUUUUUUCAAUCUUCUAUUUUCUAGCACUAUCAGCAUUUUAUUUCUGGUUUUCUGGCAACCUAGCAGCUUUUAUUUGGUGUUCUGGAUAUAGUAUAAUCAUAUUCCGUGCAGAGCUGGUAUUGCUGAUGGGAAUGAUCAUAUUGUUUGAAUUAUAUCAUGCAAGAAUCUCGCUUCUGAAUGCCUUUCUUCAUGCGGCUUGUGCUGGCAUCACAUCACUGGGUGAGAGCAACUUGUUAGCCAUAUAUUUUAUGUGUUGCUGAAUGUUUUGAUUUGUGCUUCAAAACAGUAGUGGACAUGGACAUUAGGGGAUUGACACUAUAUUGUUUAUUUAUUUAGCAUUGACAGUCGUGAUAGAUUCCUAUUUCUGGCAAAGAUGGUGCUGGCCUGAAGCGGAGGUAUUUUGGUAUAAUACGGUACAAAACAAGAGUUCAGAUUGGGGUGUAUCCUUUCAACUUGUUAAUUUACCUAACUUAUAGUAGAUUGAAUUGAUCUGUCCGAAAACAUUUAUUUAUUUAACAGCUUUAAUCUGGCACAUAGAUAACUUGACACGUAGAUAACUUGACAAUAUUGUACAUAACUUACAAUAAAUAAUUACAAUGUACAAGAAUAUGGAGAAUAGUAACUAUUGAAGGUGGAUAACCUGGCGAAACACAAACAAGACUUAGGCCCCCAUGCAUGGUGCUUACCACUAUAGAUGAGAUAAUAUAGAAGCGCAAGAAAAAUACAGAAUAGAAAAAUGGAAGGUGAAUGGAAAAAUAGAAGCAUACAGAAGAGAUAGAAUGAAUGACAUGGAAGUUAUUAGCUAGUCGUAAUCAACAGGGCUUGAAGUUUGCAGUAUCCCGAUAUCCAAGGGAUACCAGAUGUUAAGUUUGGAUACUGGAAAUCACAAGCUCAGUAUCCAUUGGGAUACAGAAAACAAGUUUCUCUCCUCCACAGAUAGUGUACUUUUCUGUUGUACAGUACAUGAAUCCUUGAUAAACAUAUCUUAGAUUCAUUAUUUCAUCAAAUUCAUUACAAUUUACCAGUUGUUUCAAAGUUUGAAUAUUACUUGCCAAAUGUGAUGAUACAGAUUUUGUCGUGGAUACCAGAUCUCUAGUUUCGCACGUAUCCCAUUGGGCUAAAGAUUCCAAAUUUCAAGCCCUGGUCACACUCAGUCAAUGAGCAUGAGCUAGUUUAAUCAGGAAGGCAGUAGCAGUGAGGUGGAGGUUAAAAAUUUAGGGCAACAGAAUCAUGAUAAUUUGUUUUGUAUACAAGGUUAACACAAGGAUAAUUUAACCCAUUGAGUGGCAGCACUCGAUCUCCACUUGAUCAGUAAAAUCGUCUGGCAUUAGACAGAGUAAAGUAGGGCACGUCAGGGUGCAUUGCCACUUGAAGGGUUAAUGAGUAUAAUUGUUUAAAUUAACAGUCUUACAAGAAAUUAUUUUCCAUAAUGGAUUUUUACAGACAUCUCCAUUUUUGUGGUAUUUUUACUCAGCCUUACCUCGAGCCAUCUCACUCUUUACACCAUUUCUAAUUGGUUAUGGUAUGAAGUACGACAAAAGAACCAGAGUGAUAUUUACAAUGGCAAUAGCAUUUGUCCUUCUCUUUUCGUUUUUGCCACAUAAAGAACUACGCUUCGUUUUCUACGUCAUUCCGCUAUUGAAUGUUGUAGCUGCUGUUGGACUCAACUCCAUGUAAGUGAGAAACAUUUGUUUAAAAAAUUAAUCGAGUCAGGGCUUCAAAUUUGUGGUAUCCCAAUA